UCUCUUUCCUCCAGUCUCCUCUGUAACUCUCUCUGCUUCACAGAUAAAAAAGCACGCAGAGAGAGAGAGAGAGAGAAAAGCAGAGGAGGUCCUUCUGCCAUUUUCGGAGGCCAAAUUUCCUCAGACCUGCCCCUCUGCUAAAGCUCGCUUUUUAUAUAUACCCAUCACGUUUUCCCCCUACUUUUCCACGUUAUUAUCCCUCUCUCUCUCUCUCUCUCUCUCUCUCAACAAACCGCCAUGGAAGCUUUCAGCAUGCUCAAGUUCUGGCGAAUUUCAACCGUGUUAGGUAAGAACGAAGACGAAGAAGAAGACUCCUUUUUCGAUUUGGAAUUCGCACUUCCAUUUUAUCCAGCGGGCAAAAAGAAUGUCGACUGCCCAAAACAGAGUACUCCUACGACGACGUCGUUUUCGAGAUCGCCGAUACUCUUUAAGAAUUCCAAAUCCAAGUCCAAAGUGAAAUGCGAGGAGGAGAAGAAGAUCCAGGGAAUUAGAACAGAAAGUCCAAAGAGGAAUCGUCCGAAUAAUACUAAGUGUAGAAAACAGAGGUUUAUUUUGGGUGGAAAAGAUAUGGUCAGAAGAUACUUAAAACUCAUUAAACCUCUUCUUCUAUACGUCAGUGUUUCGAGAAGAAGACGACGACCUCGUCGUAGUACGGGCGGCGAGAGAGCGAAGUUGUUCUCUCAAAUGAAUACGGCGGCGGCGGCGACAGUAGCUUUGCGUUCGCCGGCGCCGAGGAGGAAAUCGGCAGAUGAGAUGAUGGGGGGGUUGGGAAAGCAGAACUACUACUUAAGGAAAAGUCGAUCGGCGUCAUCGGCGGUGGGAUUGGUUAGGGAUCCGGCGAGAAGAGAUGACACGUUAAUGGAGCAGCAUGAGGGAAUUCAGGCGGCAAUUCUCCAUUGUAAGAGAUCUUUUACUAGGUGAUAAUAAAGAAGAAAGUUGAGAUUUAUAUAAAGAAAUUAAUAGAAGAGAAUGCAUGCACAAGAUCAGAGAACGUACAGAGUAUAUUUCAUUUCAGUUCAUUUGUUGUUGUUUUGGGGCUAAACAUGCAUGCAAGUUAUCUGUGUAAAGCCAUUGAUGAUAUGAAAUCUCUUAUUUUCUACAUGAAUAUCACUCUUAUGUGGGUGGUGGUUGUUCUUAAUGAAUUUAUCAAUAUUGCUUCUUCAA